AGGUUUGACCUCCAUUCUUUUCUACUCGACUGUUUCGUUCUCCGCGAACGCCCUCCACUCAGUCUUUUACCUUUUCUUCGCGCGACUUCUUCAGAAGAGCCGAUCUCGAGUCAGGAAUCCUUUUCGACCCUCCAUCGAAAACCUCCAGGACUCUUCCAUUCAAGUCGCUUGCUUCGAUCAGACCGACGGCACUUGUUCCUUUUUGAUCUCCGACCUAGACAACAGCUUUUUCAGUCGACUCCACGACCCAAUCAGUCAUCAUGUCCGCCAAGGAGAACGCUCAGAGCCUCAAGGUUCUUGAUGAGCUCAUGCAGAAGCUCACCAUCGCCAACGAGGCCGAUGCCGUCAAGCAGGCUUCCAUCGACGUUGCCUCUUUCAUCAACGGUCGCACUCAGGACCUUGAUACCCCCGUCAAGACUGUCGAGGCGCUCAAGAAGCAGCUCGCCAACAAGAAGGAUGCCACCGCUCGCGAGAAGGCUCUUUCUGCCAUCCAGGCCAUCGCUCAGCACAGCGAGGUUUCCGCCCAUGUUGAGCCCUACCUGGUCGCCCUCCUCCCCAGCGUCUUCACUGCCGCUGGUGACAAGAUCACCGCUGUCAAGAACGCUGCCAUUGCUGCCGCUCUUGCCAUCGCCGAGGCCAUCAACCCCAACGCUGUCAAGGCCACCCUCAACCCUCUCAUCGACACCAUCCGCAACGCCCAGAAGUGGCCCGAGAAGAUGACCGCCCUUGACUUCAUUGACACCCUCAUCCGCACCGCCCCCGUCCAGCUCGGUCUCCUCGUCCCCGACCUCAUCCCCGUUAUCUCUGAGGCCAUGUGGGAUACCAAGAAGGAGGUCAAGGAGCGUGCCUACCAGACCAUGGAGAAGCUCUGCCAGCUUAUUGUCAACCGUGAUAUCGAGCGCUUCAUCCCUGAGUUGAUCAAGUGUAUCGCCAAGCCCGAGAACGUCCCCGAGACCGUUCACUUGCUCGGUGCCACCACUUUCGUCACUGAGGUCACUGAGCCCACUCUUGCCCUCAUGGUUCCUCUCCUUGAUCGUGGUCUCAACGAGCGCGACACCGCCAUCAAGCGUAAGGCCGCCGUCAUUGUCGACAACAUGUGCAAGCUCGUCGACGACCCCAACAUUGUUGCUCCCUUCUUGCCCAAGAUGAUGCCCGCUCUCCAGAAGAACUACGACAACCUCGCUGAUCCCGAGGCCCGUGAGAAGACCAAGCAGGCUCUUGACACCCUCGUCCGCGUCGGUAACGUUGUUGACGGCAAGAUCCCCGAGGCUCAGAACCCCGGUGAUAUCAACAUUGUCCUUGGCCACCUCAAGGAGGUUCUCGGCAGCAAGUACGCCUCUGCUUUCGAGAAGUCCACCGCCAUUGUCGAGUACAUCGCCGCCGUUGCUGGUCAGCUCGUUUCUGAGAAGGCCACUGAGUCCUCCAUCUGGGCUGAGGCCGUCAAGCCCUACCUCACCGUCAUCGUUGGCGACGCUGAGUCCGAGGCUGUCACUGAUGCCCUCCGCAAGAAGGCCACCCCCGGUGCCGCUGAGGCCGAUGAGGCUGAGGCUGACGAUGAGGAGGGUGAGGAUCUCUGCAACUGCACCUUCUCUCUUGCCUACGGUGCCAAGAUUCUUCUCAACCAGACCCACCUUCGUCUCAAGCGUGGCCAGCGCUACGGUCUUUGCGGUCCCAACGGUUCCGGCAAGUCCACCCUCAUGCGCGCCAUCAACAACGAGCAGGUCGAGGGUUUCCCCAAGCAGUCCGAGGUCAAGACCGUCUUCGUUGAGCACGACCUUGACUCCGAGGACACUGAGAUGACCACCAUUGACUGGACCAUGAAGAAGCUCAAGGAGGCUGGUGUCGAUACCUCCCGCGAGGAUGUCGAGGCCAAGCUCGCCGAGUUCGGCUUCAGCCCUGACAUGAUCAAGAACGACAUUUCUGCUCUUUCCGGUGGUUGGAAGAUGAAGCUCGCCCUGUGCCGUGCCGUCUUCGAGGCUCCCGAUAUUCUUCUCCUCGACGAGCCCACUAACCAUUUGGAUGUCAAGAACGUUAAGUGGCUCGAGGAUUACCUCAAGAGCUCUCCUUGCACUUCCAUCAUCGUCUCUCACGACUCUGGUUUCCUCGACAACGUCUGCCAGCACAUUAUCCACUACGAGCGCUUCAAGCUUAAGCGUUACCGUGGUAACCUCAAGGACUUCGUCUCUCGUGUCCCCUCUGCCAAGUCCUACUACGAGCUCGGUGCCUCCGAGAUGGAGUUCUCCUUCCCCGAGCCCGGUUUCCUCGAGGGUGUCAAGACCAAGGCCAAGGCCAUUCUCCGUGCCACCAAGAUGUCCUUCCAGUACCCCGGUACCGCCAAGCCCCAGAUCUCCGACAUCUCCUUCCAGUGCUCGCUCGGCUCCCGUAUUGCCGUCAUUGGCCCCAACGGUGCCGGCAAGUCCACCCUCAUCAACGUCCUCACUGGUGAGCUCAUCCCCACCCAGGGUGAGAUCUACCAGCACGAGAACAUCCGUAUCGCCUACAUUAAGCAGCACGCUUUCGCCCAUAUCGAUAACCACCUCGACAAGACUCCCUCCGAGUACAUCCAGUGGCGUUUCCAGACUGGUGAGGAUCGUGAGACCAUGGAUCGUGCCAACAAGAUCAUCACCGAGGCCGAUGAGGAGGCCAUGAACAAGGUCUUCAAGAUCGAGGGCACUGCCCGUCGUGUCAUUGGCAUUCACAGCCGUAGAAAGUUCAAGAACUCCUACGAGUACGAGUGCUCUUUCGCCCUCGGCGAGAACAUUGGCAUGAAGAACGAGCGCUGGGUCCCCAUGAUGACCGCUGACAACGCUUGGUUGCCCCGUAACGAGCUUCUCGCUUCUCACCAGAAGAUGGUUGCCGAUGUCGAUAUGAAGGAGGCCCUCGCUUCCGGUCAGUUCCGUCCCCUUGUCCGCAAGGAGAUCGAGUCUCACUGCGCCAACUUCGGUCUCGAUGCCGAGCUUGUUUCUCACUCCCGCAUGCGCGGUCUCUCCGGUGGUCAGCGUGUCAAGGUCGUCCUUGCCGCCUGCUCUUGGCAGCGUCCUCACUUGAUCGUCCUUGACGAGCCUACCAACUAUCUUGACCGUGACUCUCUUGGUGCCCUUUCCAAGGCCCUCAAGAAGUUCGAGGGUGGUGUCAUCAUCAUUACCCACUCUGCCGAGUUCACCAAGGACUUGACUGAGGAAGUCUGGGCUGUCAUGGACGGCAAGAUGACUCCUUCCGGCCACAACUGGGUCCAGGGCCAGGGCUCUGGUCCUCGUCUCAAGGAGGACGAUGGUGAGGAAGAGGAGAAGUUCGAUGCCAUGGGCAACAAGAUCGUCUCCACCAAGAAGAAGGCUAAGCUUUCUUCUGCCGAGCUCCGCAAGAAGAAGAAGGAGCGUAUGGCCCGCCGCAAGCGUGGUGAGGAGGUCUUCUCUGACGAGGACGACUUCUAAAUCACUCGUUGCUGAUGGGUGGUGCGUUCAAGACUGAUUUCACUUUGUCAAUGGAGAUCAAAAGUUGCUUUUUCUGGGUCCGGUUUGCAUGGUCAGGCAUCGUGGGUUUUGCGUCUACUUUGGUGUUAUGAGCUUUUAGAUCAUAAUUUCUCUUGCGAGACAACCGUCGCAGCGUAUCGUUCUACUGGGUGGCCGGGAGGCAAGGAUUCGGAACGCUUGGGGACUGGAGACCCCCGAGAUGGUCCUGUUUAUCCUAAUGUCUUCAUGGUGUGUGCCCGUAUGGAGGGGAAAAAAGGAGGAUACCCAACGUGGAUAUAACGAAAGAGAUGCAUGACAUUCUAGAUGAUAGACGACUUAAAAAGUCACACUUGAUUACAAUAACUCAUGUGUAUUUGUGC